GUGUAGGUGGGUGGAGAUACAAAAGAAACAAAAAAGCAUUUCAGACUGGGCACUUCCUUUCGCUGAUCUUGACUCAUAGCACUUGGAGUCUGUCCUUACGCACAAGUUUUGUGCCACGUUCUCCUGCUUGCAAUGGACAGACAAGUGACAUAUGCUGAUUUAAACUUAUCCAGGGGUCCUUGCCUGGAAAGUUCAUCAUCCCCAUCUCUUCCUCAGGACAUCUGUCAAGGUCCACCUUGGCAUCAGUUGGCUCUGAAACUUGGUUGUACUGGGGUUAUUCUUCUUACCUUGACUGUGAUUGGGUUGAGUAUUUCAGUAAUAUUCUUAAGACAAAACUUGUCAAUAGAAGAAAGCGGUGUGGAUGUUCACGAGAACAGGAAUGAAACUACAGAGAAGCCAGAUCUGUUAAAGUGCCCAAAAGAUUGGCGUCUACUGCGAGAAAAAUGUUUGUUUUUUUCUCUCGUUUCCAACACUUGGAACUACAGUCUAGCUGACUGUUCCACAAAAGAAUCCAGUUUGCUGCUUUUUCAAGAUCCAGAAGAACUGAGACACGUACAAAGCCUGAUACCUAAAAAAGAAUUUCUGUUUUGGAUUGGAUUAAAUUUAACAUUAUCAGAGAAGAAAUGGAAGUGGAUAAAUGGGUCAUUUUUAAAUCCAAACAUAUUACGUAUUGUUGGUUAUACUAAGAAAAACAGCUGUGUUUACGUCUCCCCGACAGGAAUUUUUUCUGAGAACUGUGACACAGACAAUAAAUGGAUCUGCCAGAAAGAACUACAACCUGUCAGAAAGAAGGCGUGUUCGGGCUCUUGACUACGCAUUCCCUCUCAAUUUCUCUACUUUCCAUCACAGGUCUCUGCAUCUACACAGCUAACCUGGCCCGAUGUGUAUCUAGAAGCACAAAGUGAACCAGUACUGACUAUUCUAAAACUGUUGUGAAUCUUACAGAAGUUCACGGCCUGACCUACUCAUUGUAUGAAUGAGGAAGCAAAUACAUAGGGAAACCAAGUAUCAUUUUAAGAUACAGUGACGUUCCGUGGAGAGAAGCCCAGACCAGUUGACUGGUUUCCAGUCUUGGCUUAUACCUGUGGCCUUCAUUGAUCCCCUCUAUGCUUUAGCUCACCUCUAGAAAAGUUACAGUAAAAGAUUUCUAAAGUCCUGUGGAUAUUUCAUGGUCUAUGAUUUUUCAUAUUAUCACACAACUGGAUUGUUCCAGAACAUUGGCCUAAGUCCAUUCUCUUGACUCUGAUAUCAGAAUCUCAUGACCAAAGGAUCUUGGGAAGGGACCUAAACUCUUCCCGCCAUUCCAGUGUUCUUCCUAUUUUAAUUUUCUCAUUACUUCUUUAUUUUCCUUCUAUGCCCCCUUCUCUCUAGGCUCACACCCAGGCUGUAGGAAAUAUGUAAUUAAGUUUUUCAUUAUUUAGUGGAAAAUAAGUGAUUUUUUUCAUCAAAAGGGAAAUAUUUAUUCAGAUAAAUGUCGGGAGUGUUCACUUUUUACAAAUAUGCCACAUUUUCUAUGGAGAUCAAACAAUAAUAAUCCUGGACUUAUUCUGUAAGGAGGUUUACAAUAAAAUUUCUGAAAAAUAGGUA